GAAGAGCAGGGACGGGGGCGGCGACAUGGUCAACACGCUCCUGGCAGAGCCCCGCACGAGGCGGAGCCGUCCCGCCCGCACCCCGAGCGCUCCCAGAGUCGCCUCGCCUUCCCUCCCCCCCACCCCUGUCGGGAUGGCUGCUGGAACGAGACUGCUUCACCUGCGCUGGAUCCUCGCCUUCUCUCUGGCAGCCGCCGGCGCGGCGGUUUCGGCGCUGGAGGUGCUGGAGGGCGGGUCCGUGAGCCUGUCCUGCCGCUACUCGGUGAAGCGGUACGGGCUGAGCCGCGUGUGCUGGGGCCGCAGCUGCGGCACGCUCUGGUGCGGCGACAUCAUCGCGCAGACCGACGGCGAAGGCGUCGUCUCCAAGGUGUCGGACAGGUACCGCGUGGUGGGCGACGUGCUCGCGGGACAGGUGGACCUGGUCAUCCCCAGGGUCAAGCAGGCGGACAAGGGGCCGUACUGCUGCAGAGUGGACAUCGACGGAUACUUCAACGACAAGAAGGUUUCCUACACCCUGAGGGUUGUGAAAGCUCCUGUGGUGACGACAGUGCCCGUGCCCAAAUGCGCCACCAGCCCCCAGACACCUGCCGUCACAGAAAGUGUGUGGGAGGAGGAGCAAUCAAAUGUCGACACUUCCAAGCUCAACUCCAGCCUGUCCAAGUCUGGAACUGUUGAGGAGAAGCCCAUCCCCAGCCUGUCCCUCCAGGUGAACAUCCCAGUGCUGUCCGUCUCCCUCGGCCUGCUUCUGGUGCUGCUGCUGGGCGCUCUGGCUGUCCUGGGGUUUAAACGUAGGGAAGAUCCACAGAAGGUUCUUGAAGAGGGGAAGCCUGUUAACAGUGGAGCCUCGACAUAUCAUCUAUGAAAUCCAGACGAGGAGGCCCGUGGUGGAGAAUAUCUACACCCUGGACUAGGGCCGCAUGGACAACCCCUGCUGAAGAUUCCAGCUAAGACCAGCUGGGAUUCUAAGCCAGUUUAAGGUAGUUUAAACUGAGUUUUUGACACUUCUAACUGGUCAUAGCAGGUCUGUAGCUGGUCAAAGCUUGUUAAACUGGUGGCGUAAGUGGGUGGUCAGACUGGUGGACAAGCUGACUAUAUACUGUAGGCUGAUCAGCUGGUGAACAGGUGGUUGACCAGCUGAAAAUGUAAAAAAAGAAAAAAAAAGCCCUUAUAAAAUAAGAAAUCUUAAGUCAGCUUGACCAGUUUAGGCUGGUCUAAACUGAAAUUCUCAGCAGGGACAGUGGCGAUCAGAGCUGGAGAUGACCAGGCCUUCCACGCCAUUCGCACGAUCACCCCCCUGGGGCAGUGUGUACGCGCUGUGGAUAUGCCUGACUGCUGGGAGCCAACCACAAAAGUAAAAAAGAUGACAUGGAGGAUAAUAACUGGUCCAAAUAUUACCUAAAUAACAGAGAUGUGGAUUUUAUUUUCAUAGCUAUACACAGUAUAUUGAAUGUGCAUUUAUAUCCUCAAGCCUUUGGAUUACAAUUAAAAUAUUUCUAACAGCAAAAUAUCUUUGCUAGGGUGUCGCUUUAGGGUUAGUUAUGCAGUUUUUAAAAAAAAAAUAUUUUUUAAAAAAACCUAUUGCAGCUUUAAUGUCUGUAUACUAAAUUAUCGUCAUAAACAGCAGGGUUUACAGUGUUCUAUAAUGAUUUAAAUCAGGAAGAAAACCUCUGAACUGAAGUUUCAUAUAGAAAGGCAUGAGGAUUAAAUUCAUUUAUUCAUGAAACUUCAGUUCAGAGGUUUCCUUUCUUUUAUUUUCUAAAUAAUUUUGCUGCCUUUGGUGUUAUUUAAAAAUAAAAAUGCCAGUUUUGUUAUUCCACCUUUUCCUGAUGGCUUUAUGUAAAAGAAAAACACCCACUUCCCAGCUUGAUUGUGCACACAAAAUUCACAACACACACUGAUUGGCUGAUUCACACCAGGUCCAACUCCAGUAAGAAGCAUAAUUUUACACUCUUUGGUUCCUGCCAACAAGCAGGUUUAUCCUUCAGUUUCACCCUCCAAGGAGAGACAAUUCCGUUCAAGACUUUAGCUUUAAUAUGUGCUUUCAUUUUUAUUACAUAUUACACAGUUGCAGACUUUCUGUUUUUCAGGAUAAAAAAAUUCAGAGAUCAGAGGUUUGUGUCAGAACUGGCCAUCUGCAUAUAUAUCUUUAUAAUGCCUUAAACUGUAAAUAGUGAUUUAGUUUUUGGUUCAUCUUGGUUUUUUUUUUUUUUUUUUUGGUGUGGAGGGGGGCAUAUGAACAAUUUUUUCAUUAAUGUAUCUGAUAUAGUUUAAUGAUUUGUCUAGUUUUUGACCCUAGCCAGCCCAACCAGGGGGAGGUGGAGAGCUUCUUUUUAAAACUGACUGUCCUAACUGAUUAAAUAUGGUUUUGGCUAUUAAUUUAGGAAAUGUACAGAUAUAUACUAGAAUUAUAUAUGGCUUUUUACUGGUUUGAUAUACAGCUCUUGCUUUUUAAUUACAUCCAAAGGAUAAACUCCAAAGGAUUUUAAUAAUGGCCUAGAUAUUGAGAUGCAUUAAAUCAUUUUUAUUAUUUGACAUUUGAGACUGGUUUUUACUUUACAACCAAUUGAUUAUAUUAUAAAAAAUAUUUCUUUUUAUUUAAGUGCAUCUGUCUUUGUGCCUGCUGCACAGUUUGGUUACAAUAAAAAUUUGAAUUACAA